AUGAAACAUGAUUUGGAAUUACAAGUAAAUAAAACAAAUAAUUUAUCAGAAGGUAAAACAGCAACUCAAUCCAGAACUGCAACAUGUUUUCCUCCCUGUGGUCCAGAUAAAGUCAUUGAUGGCGAUAGAGAAACGUGCGCGAAGGAUGUGGGUAUAGGCAAGGGAUCUUCGGUCAAAUCUAUAUGGUGGACCGUAGAUCUUGGUAGCAAACACAGCAUUUACAGCAUCAGCAUAUAUUUUAAAGACUACAAGGAAUAUGGGGACUUUGAGCUCAGACAAAGAGGCCGUUUUGCUGGAUUUUCCCUUUACAUUUCCAACACUCAAAAGAAAGAGGACGGUUAUCUUUGUUACAAGAACACACUUCCAUUACCUCCCUUGGAGUUUAAUACAACGUGUAUAGAACAUGGUCGUUACGUCAUCUAUUACAAUGAAAGACUGGACGGUGUUACCUAUCCUGGGGAAUACCAAAUACAGAGCAUAUACACAGAACUAUGUGAAGUGAAAGUAGAAGGUUGCGGUAAGGGGUUUCAUGGAAAUAACUGUAACACACCUUGUCCAAUCAACUGUCAAGAACAGAGAUGUAGCAUUGUCAACGGAACAUGUUUUGAUUGUACACAGGGAUACGCAGGGGAAAUGUGCGAAAAGAAAUGUGAAUCGGGAUUUUAUGGUUUGGAAUGCAAAAGGCAAUGUAAAGGGCAUUGUAUAAGAAACACUCCAUGUAACCACGUGACCGGAAAUUGUGACGAGGGAUGUGCAGCUGGAUGGAUUGGAAUGCAGUGUGAUCAAGAGUGUGAAAACAAAACCUAUGGUCCUGGUUGUGUUUUUAACUGCAGUAACCACUGUCUCAACAACACCAUUUGCAAUAAGGAGAAUGGAUUUUGUGAAAUGGGAUGUGACUUGGGAUAUUCUGGAAAUAUCUGUAACGAAGCAUGUCCAGUUGGAUUAUUUGGUCAAAAUUGCAGUAAUCGUUGUAGUAAGAACUGCGUCAAUGGAAUUUGCAGCAACGUAGAUGGAGUUUGUACAGAAGGAUGUUCAAAAGGUUACACUGGGAUGAGGUGUCUGUACUUUUGUCAGGAAGGAUAUUAUGGUGAAAACUGUACUGAUCUUUGUCCAUUAAUGUGCAGUCAAACAUGUCACCAUGCUCAUGGAACCUGCAUUGAAGAUAAAGCGUCAUCAAAUCAAUGGAAAAUAGGAUUUUCAGUUUCAGCAGCUCUUAACGUUUUACUUUUAUUAUGUUUUGCCGUCUUUGUUUCAUUUAACAGGAGGAAACUCCAUAAUUUCUUUCAAAGAAAGAAAAGACACCGAAUCCAAAGAAAGGGAAGCGAGAAAAAUAUGAGGUCCACAAUUGCGAAUGUACAAACUGAGUUUCAAAAAGAAUUUUACGAGGAUUUAAACAAUUCUGAAAACAGAGUCCAAUACGAGGAAUUAAAAGUAGAAAACCAAAUUGCUUAUGAAAAUCUUGGAAUAACAAAUUUACAGAAAAAUUAA